AUGGCUACCGUACGGCGCCUCCAGCAGACUUUGUCUCACUUCCAGUCCCCUCGGACGACUCAGCAACUCUCAAUCGUGCAGGGUCCCACAGAGCCGGCUUUGCUCGAUAUCACUUUGGGUGAGCUGCUGACGCUCCAGAGCCUUCACUAUGGCGACUACGAAUGCUUGGUCUUUCCCUGGACGGGAGCUCGCUGGACGUAUACCAACCUGAACGAUGAGGCGGACCGGCUGGCUCGGGGCCUGCUGGCGAUGGGAAUCCAGAAGGGCGACCGUAUCGGUAUCAUGGCCGGCAAUUGCGAGCAGUACAUCGCAGUCUUCUUCGCCGCGGCGCGCGUCGGAGCCAUCCUGGUGGUGUUGAACAAUACGUACACUCCUUCCGAGCUCUACUAUGCUCUUGAUCAUACAGACGUUCGUGUGUUGUUUAUGACCCCUCGUAUUGGCCGUCACUCCCUGGAAGAGGUUUUGGAAAAGAUGGGUCCCAAGCCCAAGCAAGCCGGCAACUCCGUCGCACUGGAGGAGAUUGUCAUUCUGCGGGGAGAGUACCAAAACUUCAGCACUUACAACGACGUGAUACACCGCGGAUCAUCGCUCCCCAGCUCCGCCUUACCCAACCGCGAAAUGGAAUUGAGCCCCGCCGAUGUCUGCAAUCUCCAAUUCACCAGUGGCUCGACGGGAAACCCCAAGGCUGCUAUGCUCACACAUCAUAACCUCGUCAACAACUCGCGCUUCAUCGGCGACCGUAUGGACCUGACCUCCUUCGACGUCCUCUGCUGCCCCCCGCCUCUGUUCCACUGCUUCGGCCUGGUUCUGGGCAUGCUGGCUGUUGUGACCCAUGGAUCCAAGAUCGUCUUCCCCAGCGAAACCUUUGACCCUAAGGCUGUUCUCCACGCCAUCUCCGACGAGAAGUGCACCGCGUUGCACGGAGUCCCCACGAUGUUCGAGGCUAUCCUGGCCCUCCCCAAGCCCCCCGAAUUCGACACCCGCAAUCUCCGCACUGGAAUCAUUGCUGGAGCACCAGUCCCUCGGCCCCUGAUGAAGCGACUCUUUGAGGAGCUGAACAUGACACAGUACACCAGCAGCUACGGUCUCACCGAAGCGUCUCCCACAUGUUUCAACGCGCUCACCACGGAUACCAUCGAGACCCGACUGAAGACAGUAGGCAAGGUCAUGCCUCAUGCCCGGGCCAAGAUCAUCGAUGCCGAAGGCAACAUCGUCCCUGUUGGUCAGCGCGGGGAGCUCUGCAUCGCCGGGUACCAGUUGACCAAGGGCUACUGGAACAACCCGGAUAAGACGGCGGAGACUCUCACCACGGAUGCGGAGGGCACGACCUGGUUGAAGACGGGCGACGAGGCCAUCUUCACACCGGAAGGUUACUGCACGAUCACCGGUCGCUUCAAGGACAUUAUCAUCCGCGGCGGAGAGAACAUCUACCCCCUCGAGAUCGAGGAAAGGCUCGCCGCCCACCCGGCCAUCGAGCUCGCCUCCGUCAUCGGCGUCCCCGACCAGAAGUACGGCGAGGUGGUGGGCGCCUUCAUCGCGAUCGCCGCCGGCCACGAGGUCCAGCGGCCGUCGGUCGACGAGCUGCGCAACUGGACCCGCGAGACGCUUGGGUGGCACAAGGCCCCGCAGCACGUGUUUGUGUUCGGCGAGGAGGGCAUCGACCGCACCGUCCCCGUAACGGGGAGCGGCAAGGUGCGCAAGGUCGACUUGCGCAAGGUCGCUGCUCAGGUGUUGGAGCAGCGCGGGCAAGCUACAGCUGCAGCUACGGCUUGA